AUGUCUCGCCAUGACGAUUACCGUUCGUCGACAGGGACCCUAGACUCCCGGGAUCGCUAUGACCGCUAUCGCGGCCCACCCGUGGCCGAACGACCUCGCCACGCCGAGGAGGAGCGCUUCGAGUUCCACCUGCGCGAAGAAGACCGAUAUGGCCCUCCUGCGCGUGCGCCCGGUCGCCGAUACGAUGACGAGCACCUGGUCAAUACAUCCGGACCUCUUGUGACGCAUGACCGCCGCCGACGUGAUGAGAGUCCCUCAUUCGUUCGGCCCCGUUUACUUAGGCGCCAGUCUUCGUUGGAUACCUUUGACCGCAUUCCUCGUCGCAAGAUGGAGGAGGCUCGCGAUCGAGCCCCACGCAUGAGGGGUAUACCUACUACUCCGCCGCCUCCUCGGGCGCCGCCGGGUCGCUAUCGUGAACGUGAAAUUUAUGAGGACAUUCGCAUCGCUGAGCCGGACUACUACGGCGACGAGGAGUAUAGAGACAUGCGUGAUCGAGAGAGUAUGGAUCAUCGUCGUCGUUCAAGCAGUGGUGCAAGGCGCCGGCACCAUGAGGAAAAGCCCUAUCCACGCAAAGGCAAAACUCGCAUCCCACGCAAAUGGGUGCAUAUCCAUGCCAUUCUGGAUCUGGGGUAUCCGUUUAAAGAAGAGGAUGAAACCAUUGUAAUCCAGAAAGCAUUGUCGAAAGAUCAGAUCGACGAAGUGAUCAGCCUGAGUCGAGAAUUCCGGCGACCAGCCCAAAAGGAAUCCGAAUACCUCCGUAUACCGGGGUCUCCCGUUCGAGAACUCCCGCGCGAGCGAGUCACCACCGAGCGUUUGGUCGUUGAUUCACAUUCCCACCACUCGCCUCGCUCGAGCCACGAUGCCUUUAUUGUGGAGGCAUCACCUUCCCGCAGUUCAGAAUACGAGUAUGAAGAGGUUAUCGAGAGACCAAGAAGGCAUACCGUCUCCCGGCCAAGGUCGGUGUCCGUGCAUGGACACCGUCAUUCAUCAUCUCCUAUCCGAUUUAUUGAGCCUCGAGAGUAUGUCGAGGAACGCGUUGGGACGAGCGGCCAUUCUGGGUCCAUGGUUCUAGUACGCCCUCGCCACAGCGACCACGAUGUCAGCGAUUACAUUCGAGACCUGGAAGAGGAAACCAAGCUCUUGCGAUUGGAGCGACAGGGAGGCAUUGAGAUCAUUCGACAAAACGAGAUGGAUAUCACCGACGACCGGGGCAACGAGGAAGAGGUGACUGAGAUUCGCCGCUCGGAGCGCAGAGAACCAAGUUCGAGGGUGAUGCGGGCCAUGAUGGCCACUUUGACUUAA